CAAUCCAUCGGCCCCAUCGCAAUGCUGCCCUUCUCCUCCCACGCCCGCUUCUUCUCCUCUCUGAAACAGGUUGAAGAAAGAUUAGCUUCGGAGGAUUCACCUCCAAACAAAACCCCCAAACCAGAAGCCUCUUCUUCAAUCGAUCCGUCCGGCUCCCCGAUCUUCCUCGCCUACCCUCAAUCCAAUCUCCGCGACAGCGAUAGCGGCAGCGGGCCCGCUCGCGACUUCCUCUCCUCCUCCUCCUGCUCCGAGGAGAAGGGAGGAGAAGAUCAUGCGGAUCAGAAAGAACAAGAAUGCGACACUGGCGACGAAGACGACGACGACGAGAUCGAGCAUCUGAUGAAUCUACUGGACGUAGAGGUGGACGUAGAGGGAGCGGGAGAGGCGGCGGAGAGCUGCGGAGAGUGCGAAUUUUACGCGAAGGUGGGCGGGGUGAGGGGGCCCAAGUGCGAGAAGGAGAGGCAGAGGUUGGAGGGGUGGGUUGAGCAUUUCUACCGAGGAUGGAGGGGCGCGGGGCGGAGGGAGCCGGCCAGGCUGGCGCAUCUGCUGCUGGCGAAGGCGUCGUGCUCCGCCGACGGGUGCGGCGGGAUCGGGUUCCCGGAGACGGUGGAGGAGUUCUUGGAGCAUGACCCGGUUCUUGCUACUACCGUACCGGCGGGAAGGGAGGGAGAAUAAUAAUACCUGCCUUUGUUUGAAUUGAAUUAUUAUUGCAGGCUACAUUUUAGCUUUUGAAUGUCUAGAAUUCGCUAUUAUAUGGUAAUACUAUUAUUAUAAAUAAUGGUAAAAAGUGCAGGGUAA